GUCUUUUCGAGGGCGACGAAGAUCUUGACAUCGUCGCCGCAAUCCGAGACACUCUCGGCGACGAUCUCGAUCUCUACCACUUGAUCAACAAAACGGAUAUGUUGGCUCCCGUGGAAACAAGAAAAUUCUAUCAAACCGAGGAAUACGCACAGAUUCUCGGCGAUCUCGUCGUAAAGAUUCGAGAACGGCUUGACUCCGGAGCUGGCGAGAAGCUCCUCAAGAAGUAUCGCGUUCUUGAGCACAAGCAUCAAGGCCAGUACCAGACCAUCGUGAUCGGCGCCUUGAUGAUGCGUGCUGGAGCCAACAUCAAGACCCACGACUUGCAGCAUCUGCGCGACCUCGUUCCCGAGGUCCCUUGCCAGUAUCGCUUUGCCUUGCCGAUUAUGGACCAUGGUUUCCGUGACCCCGGCAAGGCGCAAUUUCUUGCUGCGCUCGACAACUACCAGCCGGGAACGCCCCGAGACUUUCAUGAGCCAAGCUGCUUUCAUUGCGGCAAAAUGCAGGCAGACCACGGAAUCAAGUUGAAGAAGUGCGGUCAUUGCCAGGCGGCUUGGUACUGCGGCAUUGACUGCCAGAGGGCCCAUCGGAAGAUUCACAAGGUUUCUUGCAAGACCUCCCGGGAGAAGGUUCUUGCCAAUGUCUAGAACCGCAUGAUGACCUUGGACCGGUAUUUAUCGCUCUGACAUGGCCAUCAGACCUGAUAUUUCCCGGCGUUUGAUAUGUACUCGGGUGGGCAGCAUGAGAUACUGGCUGGCUUACGGUUGGGGCGAGAUGUGACGGAAGGUAUGGAAGGAAACGAAUCUUUCUCGCACAAGUUUAGUCCAGAUGCUGGAUUCGAAUCGUCAGAUGUAAUAGGCAGACAGGAAGAUUCAAAUGAG